UUUUCAGGGACCGGAGCAAACCUCACCUGUUGGACUAGCCUUCACACAUGACUCAGGAGCAGAAUGAAUCACAGCCCGUAGCACACCGAGAGGAGGAGGACGGGCAGCCUUGUCACCGUAGGAAGGGUGCUCGGGGCAGACGUCUUCGGGCGGCAGGGCUUACAGAAGAAAUGUAGCUGCCUCUCUUCUGGGAACUGCGUGUUUCUGGCAUCCUCACACUGAACGAACACUGGUGAAGUCGUGACCCAUCCGAGCUGCACACACAAACAUGAAGAUACUCUGGAUAAUCCCAUUUUUCCUGCUGCAAGACACGGAAGCUUUUCUGAUGAAGAAUGCCAAAAUCAAGCUGUGUUUACAAGCCAGCCCACGGGAUGAGAGUUUACUGCUGGAGGACUGUGACCCAGCAUCAGAUUUCCAGGACUGGUCUUGGCAGGGUGAUUCCUUGAAGAAUCAUGGCACGCAGAGCUGCCUCUCUGUGGUGGAGGCCAGCAGAGUGCAGACAAGCCCCUGUGACAGCACACCUUACACGGGCUGGGACUGCUCAAAUUCAUUGCUCUCUCCUCUGGGCAGCAGCCAGAGCUACCUGGUGGCGAGCAGGAAAGGAGUUGGUCUCGAUAACGUGAGAGGUCUCAAGGCUCAGUGGCGGCAAGGUGUCACGGAGGGGAAUGUCUGCGAGGAGAAGCCAGCCGAGGCAGUGCAAGACAGCUACUUCUAUGCGGCCCUCACCAGCACGCAGGUGUACGACCACACGGCAUACAACUCCACCCUCGUGGCGGGUAUGGAUCCUGAGAAGCUGGAGGAUCUGCUGUGGUUCUUCCGCACAGAAGACCCAUCAACGUGGAAUUACUCCAUCCUCGCGCUCUCCUUCGUGGUCACCAUCUUGGGUCUUCUCCUCCUGGGCAUUAACAUUACACGAAACAGGAAAAGGAAGAUCCACACAUACAAAGAAGCAGUGCAAGCUGCCCAGCAAGCUGAGCUGGAAGCCAAGCAAGCCCUGAUACCGGUGCAGGAGUACAGCCCGGGCAGCCCGCAGACGCGGGAGCCGGCGCUGCAGGAGGAGAGGGCAGGAGAGGUGCUGGUUCAGUGGAAGGACGGGACCAUCACCACCCUGUACAAGGAGAGCUCAGAGGAUGCCAUGUAACGCAGCUGGAGUCAAACCAUCCAGUCUCAAAGGAAUGCAUCAAAAUGUCUCGAUUCACACUGAUUGAAGAUGGGGAAGUUUAACCAUGCAGUUUAGCCUGGGGGGGGGGGGAAAUAAAAGAAAAAAA